UUAGAGCGCUUAGGCUGCUAAGAGCGCUGUAAACAGAAGCGCGGUUCAGCGUGUGCGUUUUAUAAAAAGAGAUAAAGCAGGGUUUUGAGAAUUUUUGAGUCAUGUUUAAGAAUACAUUUCAAAGCGGAUUCUUGUCUAUUUUAUACAGCAUUGGGAGUAAACCUCUGCAGAUCUGGGAUAAAAAGGUAAGAAAUGGACAUAUAAAGCGGAUUACGGACAAUGACAUCCAGUCGUUGGUGCUUGAGGUGGAAGGAACCAAUGUCAGCACGACCUACAUCACAUGUCCUGCAGAUCCAAAGAAAACCCUGGGCAUCAAACUUCCCUUCCUUGUCAUGAUAAUCAAGAAUCUGAAGAAAUAUUUCACAUUUGAAGUUCAGGUGUUGGACGAUAAAAACGUGCGGCGGAGAUUCAGAGCCAGUAACUACCAGAGCACCACCCGGGUCAAGCCCUUCAUCUGCACCAUGCCCAUGCGGCUGGACGACGGCUGGAACCAGAUCCAGUUCAACCUGUCCGACUUCACACGCAGAGCUUACGGCACCAAUUACAUCGAGACGCUGCGAGUCCAGAUCCACGCAAACUGUCGCAUAAGAAGAGUGUACUUUUCUGAUAGACUGUACUCUGAGGACGAGCUCCCAGCAGAGUUUAAACUCUAUUUGCCGGUACAGAACAAAGCAAAGCAGUAACGUGGCACGUCUGAACCCUUCCUUCAUCCCUAACCCUUUUCUCCGUCACGUGACUUUGCCUUGUUUUGUUUUUCCCCGUGUUGUAUGUUUUCUACACAUGAUGUGACCGGUGAAUUCAACAUUCAGGGCAAUGAGAAAGUAUGAUCUAAAUUUUAAUAUGUUACUGGUGUCAAACACAUGAAGGACAUCACUGGCUUCAGCAGCUUUAUUGUUUCACUGGAACAUCAGCUGCCACAGUGGAGUCUCUGUGCACCAGCAGGAACGCAGCAUUGUGUCUUUAAUGACUUCCACAUUCAUUUCCAUAUCUGUACACGAGUUUAUUAAAGGUUGUGGCCUGAAAGUGGUAUUUAUAGAACUUUUUUUUUUCUUCUCUCAUUAAAAUAAACUUCUUAUAAAACCAAAUCUGUAUCAAAAAUGUAUUUCAGUGGAAAAGUCUGUAAUAGAAAUACUCUGAUUUUUAUAUAACGUUUCAGCCAUUGAAUUAAAGUCUAUCAAAUUGUCUUACAAAGUAA